ACUGCGGGGGGAAUAAUCCAGGAAGUGGACGCGGAUCUUUUCCCCAGGAUGAUGAAAACAUCUCCGCUUUUCUCAGUUUCUCUGGAUUUAAACAACGUCUACUGAAUUUCACUGCACCUGUAACUCAGGUAAGAACGUAACGAGACGCAAGAAACGAGUUUAAACGACUCUUUUCACUUCGAACACGAGUCUGCGUUCGUCAGCACAACUUCUGCUCCUAUGGAACAACUAUGAAGGCAGCUCGCAGCAACAUGUUGGGAGCAGCAGGUUCCAACAGUAAAGUGAAGUAUUCACGUGUGGCUGCUGAUGAGGACGGAUAUAUAGACUUACAGUUUAAGAAAAGUCCACCAAAGGUUCCGUACAAGGCCAUUGCUCUGGCACUGUUCCUGUUUCUGAUCGGCUCCUUGCUCAUCAUCUUCGGGGCUCUUCUGCUGUCGGGAACCAUUCAAGUGGAGCAUCCGGACCGUACCAUUCCCGUCAUCAUCAUCGGGCUGCUCGUCUUCCUCCCUGGGUUCUACCACCUGAGAAUCGCCUACUACGCUGCCAAAGGUUUCCGGGGUUACUCGUACGACGACAUCCCCGACUUUGGUGACUGAUGUGAACGCCGGCUGCUGAUUGGUGGAGACGCUGCCGCCGCCGUGACGUCUGUGAAUGUUUGUCGCAAAAGAGAAAAAACAAACAAAAAACAAACGUCGCCUCCUGUUGAUCCACAGGUGAACUACACGCAUGAGCCUGCAUUUUAUAUAGCUCACGUGUGCUGAGUCAUCCUCCACGCUAAAGCUUAGUUUACAGUAGAACCGUGGCCCCCUGCUGGAUCACGGCGGUGUUGCAGGUUGGUCUCAGAUAAUAGAAAUUCUUUGUUCAAGUUAAAUAUGAUUGAAGUCAUAUAUAUCAUGUGAGUGAGUGUAUAUUUAGAUAAACAAAAUGAUAAUAAUUAUAUUAUAAACAUUUAUAUUGAGAUUAUGACUAUAAGGGCUGAAUGAUUUCAUUAUGAUUUUUCUGGCAGUUAUUGCCAUUUGAACAAUAAGAAAUGAAACGAUAAGAUUUUGUAAAUAACCUUCAGCUGAUGAAAGUGAUUCAUUGUUCAGUCCUAACGACGAUCGAUGAUUGAUCACAGAUUUAAAUGUUAAUACUGCUGCUUUUCCUGAAUUGAAUUUGUGAAGUCACAAGUCACUCAUAUUGUUUUAAUUCCCUUUGAUUCACUAUCGAUUCUGUUCGACAUGUUUUUCUUGGUGAUGAAGGAGAGACUCACACAAACUUUAAAUCUCUGGAACCCAAACUCUAAUGUUUACAUUCAAACUUGACCCCAAAGUCGUUAGGUCGAUGCACUUUGUUAUUUAAUAUGACCUCACUGUACAGUUGUAAAGCAGAGUAAUGUGCCGUCCAGCAGAGGGCGCUGUUGUCGUCAACAGAUGUUUUUUUUAUGUUGCUUUAAAGUGAAAAUGGAGGAAACAAACAAACUAAACAAAACACGGUCAAAGUGGCGACGCACGGAACGUGAACUCGGCUGCCGACGGAAGUCACGCGUGACUGUCGCGUUCAAACCUCGUGACUUUGAGAUCUCAGGAAGUGACAUUAACGUUAAAGAUUAUUAUUUUAUUUUUUUUAAAAUACAAUUAAAAAAAAGAUUUCAUGAAUAGAUGUUAGGAUGUACAAAUAAAUCAGUAAAAUAUCUAAAAACCUUCACAAACCUGGAAUAAAGAGGUGAAACAGAUGCCUUUAAUUUACUGCUGUUACAAACUGCACUGGUUUACAGUAAAGAUUAUAAAAUCA